CCCUUUCCUUUGCUUUCUUGAUUUCAUUUUCCCCCCACUCCAUCUGCUUUCUCUUUCUUUCCAUCUUUCUCACAUUUCUUUAAUUUGCAUUUUGUUAGUUAAGAAUACCUUGAGAUGUUAUUGUAGCCCAGUCAACUGGCUCAUGUCUUUCUCACUUUGUUUCAAUUUAAACCAACACCAUUCCUUCACUCUGUCUGUCUUUCUCUUUCUGUCCCUCUUGUUCUAUCUCUAUCCCUCCUACUCCUCAUCAAAACCCCAUGUUAUAUGCCCUAUAUCUUGAAUUCUUGAUAGUUCAUACCUACAUCCUCCUUCUCCUUCAUCACAACCAUCAACAUCUUUGUCGCAUGAACCCCUUUCCCUACUCUAAUUAAUCAACCUUUCAUACUACCAUUAACAUCAGCUAGAUCGCUACCAUCAAAACCAAUAGCUGGGAAAAAAAAACUAACUAGAGUGACAGAUUUAUUGCGAUAAACAAAACUCCUUUUACAUACAGAGAAAGGGAGGAAGAUAAAGAUCUUUUUUUUUCCCCUUGUUAUUUCUGCCGCGAAAAACAAUGUGGAUGAUGGGAUAUAAUGAUGGGGGAGAUUCCUUCAGCGGCAGGAAACUCCGGAGCAUCGUGCCAAGGCCAGCUGCAGUCAUAAACCCUUCAUGUUUAGGCCGUAUCCACGGCACUGAUCUUCUUUCUUUCAAUCACCAUCUUGCUGGUUUGACUGAACAAAGUAAGAGAGACUUCGGCCCACAACAAGUUGUGGUGAGCUCAAGAUGGAAUCCCACCCCGGAACAGUUACAAACCCUAGAGGAACUAUAUCGAAGGGGAACUCGAACGCCUUCAGCUGAGGAAAUUCAACACAUCACAGCACAGCUUCGUAGAUACGGGAAAAUUGAAGGGAAGAACGUGUUCUAUUGGUUUCAAAAUCACAAGGCAAGAGAGAGACAAAAACGCCGUCGUCAACUUGAAUCUACCUCUGAUGAGCAAGACCACAACAAUAAUGAUGGUAAUGUUGAGAACACAGAAAGAAAAGAAUCAGCUGGGGCAAAUGGGACAGGUAUAGAAGUUGAACGGACCAAGAACUGGGCAUCCUCUACGAACUGCAGUACUCUUGCAGAGAAAACUGUUUCAAUACAAAGGACAGCAAAAGCAGCAAUUCCAGAACGUAGAGCAGCAGAUGGAUGGGUACAGUUCGAGGAGGCAGAAUUACAGCAAAGAAAAAGCCUUGACGAAAGAAAUGCCACGUGGCAAGUGAUGCAAUUCUCUUGUUGUUCUUCAUCUUCAUCACCUCCCACCAACAACAACCUCAUAAACCGCACUCCUUGUGCUGCAACUAUUCCACCAACUUCUUUAAGAAAUAUGGACCCAAAGCACAUAAUGAAGACUCGUGAGGAUCUUAACAUCUUCAUUACUCCCUAUACAGAAAAUUUUGAGACCCAUUUGGUCAGUGCCAGCUCUAAUAUAGUUGUCCGCGAGGCAAAUGGCCAUGAUGGCCAAUCUCAAACCCUCCAACUUUUUCCUCUGCGAAGUAACGAUGAUGGCUAUGAUCAAGAAGUUGCUGAGAAGCAAUCGGACGAAUCAGCUGCAGAAAUGAAUUCUUUCACAAGUACUCCUUACAAGUUUUUCGAGUUCCUUCCAUUGAAGAACUAAAAGACACCCCAUGCAAUAUUUCAGAAAGCAAAUUAAGGGACUGAUUGAUAUUUACUGCUUUUGAUUGGCUAGAUAUUUCAUGUAAAAUUGUCGGUUCAUCAGCAUUUGAGUAGCUUUAGUUUAUAUCCUUCCGCAUGAAAAACUAUUAACUUGCUAGCCAAAGCCUCGUUGUUUCUUGAUGUAACAUUUCUUGAAGGGUGCACAAUGCACAAUUGUAGAAUGGUGAUUUGAUGGGAGUUUGCCUUAAAAUGCAUUCGGACCAUGUUGGUUGAUAUCAAUGAAAAGCUCAA